GGCGCUCGGGGCCCGCGCGAGCGCGCUCGGUUGGUGCGCGAGGGCGGCUCCGCCCCGCCCGCCGGGCGCGCGCCUCCGCCAACCCCGCUCUCCUCCCCCACGGCCGGCGCGGACGGGGUGGAUCCGGCUCACUCCCCUCCCCCGAGCGGCGGCGGCGGCGGGCGCUGAAUGAGAGACGCCGACUGCUCGGGUCGCCGAGCGCUAGCCUAGGCGGCGGCGGCGGCGGCGAAGCGGGAGGCCGGCGUCGCCCCUCCAUCCUCCGAGGCCACUGCCGCGGCGGCACAGAUACUGUCUGUUGGACUCCUACUGUGGAAGGAAUAAUAAUGUAUUUGCGGCCUUGGACGUGAACCAAUCAGUCUUCUGUUGCUGAUAACCUAGCGUCAGAGACUGAUGUUGUGGGAAGCAUGGACCUAAUGAACGGGCAGGCAAGCAAUGUUAAUAUUGCUGCUACUGCGUCUGAGAAAAGUAGCAGUUCUGAAUCAUUAAGUGACAGAGGUUCUGAAUUGAAGAAAAGCUUUGAUGCUGUGGUAUUUGAUGUUCUUAAGGUUACACCGGAAGAAUAUGCGGGUCAGAUAACGCUAAUGGAUGUUCCAGUAUUUAAAGCCAUUCAACCGGAUGAGCUUUCAAGUUGUGGAUGGAAUAAAAAAGAAAAAUAUAGUUCUUCCCCAAAUGCAGUUGCCUUCACAAGAAGAUUUAAUCAUGUAAGCUUUUGGGUUGUUAGAGAGAUUCUUCAUGCUCAAACAUUAAAAAUUAGAGCAGAAGUUUUGAGCCACUAUAUUAAAACUGCUAAGAAACUGUAUGAGCUGAAUAACCUUCAUGCACUUAUGGCAGUGGUUUCUGGCUUACAGAGUGCCCCAAUUUUCAGGUUGACUAAAACAUGGGCGUUAUUAAGUCGAAAAGACAAAACUACCUUUGAAAAAUUAGAAUAUGUAAUGAGUAAAGAAGAUAACUACAAAAGACUCAGAGACUAUAUAAGUAGCUUAAAGAUGACACCUUGCAUUCCCUAUUUAGGUAUCUAUUUGUCAGAUUUAACAUACAUUGAUUCAGCAUACCCAUCAACUGGCAGCAUUCUAGAAAAUGAGCAAAGAUCAAAUUUGAUGAAUAACAUCCUUCGGAUAAUUUCUGAUUUACAGCAGUCCUGUGAAUAUGAUAUUCCCAUGUUGCCUCAUGUCCAAAAAUAUCUGAACUCCGUUCAAUAUAUAGAAGAACUACAAAAGUUUGUAGAAGAUGAUAAUUACAAGCUUUCCUUAAAGAUAGAACCAGGGACGAGCACACCACGCUCGGCCGCCUCCAGGGAGGAUCUAGCAGGUCCUGAAGUAGGAGCAUCUCCGCAAAGUGGAAGAAAAAGUUUGGCAGCUGAAGGAGCUUUACUACCACAGACACCGCCGUCCCCUCGGAACCUGAUUCCACAUGGACAUAGGAAGUGCCAUAGCUUGGGUUAUAAUUUCAUUCAUAAAAUGAACACAGCAGAGUUUAAGAGUGCAACGUUCCCAAACGCAGGACCAAGACAUCUAUUAGAUGAUAGCGUCAUGGAGCCCCAUGCACCAUCUCGAGGCCAAGCCGAAAGUUCUACUCUUUCUAGUGGAAUAUCAAUAGGUAGCAGUGAUGGUUCUGAACUAAGUGAAGAGACCUCGUGGCCUGCUUUUGAAAGGAACAGAUUAUACCAUUCUCUCGGCCCGGUGACACGAAUGGCACGAAAUGGCUAUCGAAGCCACAUGAAGGCCAGCAGUUCUGCAGAAUCAGAAGAUUUGGCAGUACAUUUAUAUCCAGGAGCUGUUACCAUUCAGGGUGUUCUCAGGAGAAAAACUUUGUUAAAAGAAGGCAAAAAGCCUACAGUAGCAUCUUGGACAAAAUAUUGGGCAGCUUUGUGUGGCACACAACUUUUUUACUAUGCUGCCAAAUCUCUAAAGGCCACAGAAAGGAAACAUUUCAAAUCAACAUCAAAUAAGAACGUCUCUGUGGUAGGAUGGAUGGUGAUGAUGGCUGAUGACCCAGAACAUCCAGAUCUCUUCUUGCUGACUGACUCUGAGAAAGGAAAUUCAUACAAGUUUCAAGCUGGCAGUAGGAUGAAUGCAAUGCUGUGGUUUAAGCACUUGAGUGCAGCCUGCCAAAGUAACAGACAGCAGGUUCCUACAAACUUGAUGACUUUUGAGUAAGAGCCUAAGAAAGAAGAGGUGAACGGUUGCUCCUCCGUGAGAGUGAGGACUGAUGUGAACCACCCUGUGCCAGGAAGAGCCCGGGGCGGCGCAGCCUUUGGAGUUCUGAACCAAAAAGCACUAAUUUCAGGGAAUGAAGUGAAAGAUUCCCAGAGAACAAAUUGGAGUUGCAAACAAACUGCCAUGGACCCAUGCUUCUUAUCUCUGAACUGACCUGUGGAAACCACUGCCUUAAAAGAGUGAAAGGAAAACCAACACGAAACACCAAAUAGUGUGUGUGAAUCUUCUGGCGGUGCUGUGCUUGGAGUAGACCGUAGCUCAUUUGCAUUUCUUUUAACUUUGUACUGAUUUUGGAGGGGGGAAUCGCCUUUUUUAGAUACACUUUAAAAAGGAAAAACAUAUUUCUUAUGGGUUCCCUCAGGAGCUGGUUUGAACUGAGGCGUAAAGAUGCUCUAACCUAGUGGGAUUCUACCAGCAGCCCCUGGAAGGCUUGUUCAGCCUCCAGUAGUCGCAGCCUCGCUCGCUUCUCCCAGCGCGAGUGUAGGAAUUAGACGUGUUUGUAAUGUGAGUUGUUGGGGUUUGUUUGGGAUUGGGGAGGGGGGUGCGGUUGUUUUGUUUUGGGCAAGGGGAGAUUUUUUUAAACACUAAACUUCUGAAAUUUAGUACUGUAUGGGGAACAUUAUUUCCUGCAGGAGGUAUAAAGGCUGAGUGUUCGUAUGCCAGACGCUUUUUUCAAGUGGGCUUCAGGAAGCAUGGCCGCUGUUGACCAGGUUUGAGGUUGAGCCUCUAUGUGAGUUCAUUGUUGGAGCACAGAGCUGCGUGGUAGGAACUGCAAUCCCGACCUAAACUUUCCUGAGCUUUUACAAUAAGUACAUUUUUCACGUCAAUAGAUUAUCCCUUCUGCUGGUCACAGGUGAUUUUUAUCAUCAAUGUGAUGUAUUAAAAUUUUUUCAGGAUAUUUUCUUUUACAGUGUUUAACGUGCACAUUGCCAGUUAUUUUUUAUUAUUAUUCAUAUUCAUUUUUUUGUUCAAUAUGAGAUUCCAGAUCACAUUUGUUAGAGAUUCCACGUGUAUAUGUAUGUAUGUAUUUUAUUGUAAAGAAUACAGUAUAAUUUUAAAAGGGAAAAAGGUGAAAGAUUGAGAUUCUGGGAAUUUUAGGUAUCAAAACUUUCCUUCUUACACAACUUUCCUUUAUUACAAAACAUCUUUCUGAAAACUUACUGUAGGUCUCUACCACAAAACCAUGUUUUGUCAGUAGUUGACCAAGCAGUUUUGUGAGAGCUCUUCUAUGCAGUAACAGAUAUAACUUCCAAAAUAAAUGUUGAAUUACGAAAAGAAAAAAGUGUUUGAAAGUGAGAUGCCUUAGAAUUUUAGCAAAAAAUGGCACUUGGACAAAGGCUACGUGUUAGGUGUUGUAAACUCAUGAGGCAUCGUAAUUUUAGCAGUGGCCCAGAGUAAGAUGCUUUUUGACUGAUGUCUUCUAAUUCUGUUACUUUAGGCCUCACACAAAAUUUCUCAUAUUUGUAUUCUUAGAGAAUUUUAUACCUUUUUUUCAUCAUAGGUAUUUCACUCUUAAAUCUGUGAAACUUAAAAAGAAAAUAUUACCCACAGAAUAAUUAGCUAAAAAUCUAUCCAAGGGAAAAUAAAAGAGCUUUUUCUGAGUACUAAGUUUGUAAAUUUAGUUUUCUGUUUGGAAAGGAUAUUAAGAGUUCAGAUAUUUCUCUCAUAUAGUAUAGUUAAAAAUACCAUUAUUUCUGGGUUUAUGAAAAGUGACAUGGGCUGGAGAAGGCAAAAUGUUGCCUGUACUGGAUGAUUUUUCAGUUUAUGACCUCCCAAGCUUAACCCACGUUGGGUACAUAGAAAGACACCAUCUGCAUAGCCAGCAGUAUUACUAUGUAGACCUUGCACAUCUUACUUUUAUUUUGCUUUGUUUAAAAAAUUCCUUAAUUUGUUUAUUUCUCUUCAGAAAUAUAUGUGCUUUUUAAAAAAAUAUUGUGGUUGAGAACCCUGUGGAAUUUUUGCUGUUGUUAUUUUGUUUGUCAUAAAUAAGCUAAAAUAGAUAUGUUGCAGGUUAACCAUAUCUGUGGAGAUAUGCAACUGAAAGUCAGAGCCUGACAUGACACAGUUUUGCCAAAGAGAGAGCUAAACUGGAAGAUGUGUUUGAUAUCUUCAGCUGUAAAUGUUAAUGGGUGUUUGCACAGAGUGAGAAAUAGUGUUCAGAUUUGGUUAAUAGUUCAUAUGUAUAAUUGUGGCCUCUGACUGAAUGAAACUCUUAACGUCACUGUGCAGUAGACGUCGCCCUUGUUUUUCUGUCUUCAAAUUCGUCCAUUCAAAAUCUUAGUCAUUGCUUUUUAAGAUUAUUUUAGCAUUUGAGGCAAAUGGAAACCAGUGAGAACUAACAUAGUAUAGGUGAGCUUUUUAUCUCUAAUUCACCAAAUUAUAUCUAAUAAUAAUUCAAGCAAAGAAAAUAUGUCACCAAAAUAUAUUAAAUAUUUGGGUAGUUUAUUAGGUAGUGUGAAGAUGAAGUUUUUGUCCUCCUGUUAGGUCUACCCUUAAUAAAUUAGUAAAUUAAUGACUUGAAAUCUGGACAUUUCCAUCAAUAUUAAACUCAUUUGUUUCUCUCAUAGCCAAGAAGAACUAGUUAGAAAUUCCAAUAUAAUUUAAAUUUAAGCUAGUUUGUGAUAGGAUAAGCAUAAUGAUUGGCAUAUGAUACAGCCUGGUAUAGUAGUGUAUAAUACUAACCAAAACACCAUUUGAGGCGCAUCUCAUUUUUAACAGUUACGUUGAACAUGGAAGCUUAUUUUUCACAUGGGGGUAGCAUGACAGCUUUUGAAAUAGAACUAUGAAAGUAACUGCGUAACGACCUUCCAGAGUACUGUUUUUGGCUUCGUGCCCCUUCUGUGUUUGGGCGCUGCUUAUUUUCAGAGGUAUUAUUUUUACUGUAACCUCCAAACUGUAGGAAUUGAAAGAACUGAUCAAACACACCUUCCUAAUCUCUUUUCUUCACUAUGUAAAUAUUAUUUGUGUAAACAUUACAAAAAGGGAUCCAGACAAUUUGAGUAUUUUUUUUUCUCCCUAGGCAUGUGCUUCAAUGACAAAUUUGUUUUCCGUGUGGAAAACGCCAUAUGACUAUUGCACUACCUUCUGUAUGACUGUUUCGGUAUUGGAUCUUUCUGUGUGUCAAGAGUUGGGGUGUCCAUAGCUGCAAAGUUUUUGUAAGUGGCUUUAUUCCUCCUCUAGAAGAUUUAUAAAGGAGCCCAAAGAGCACUAUUGUUGCAGAAGGAAAAAUGUUUACAGUGUCUAGUGUAUACACUCCACACGUUAGUUGAAAGCGGGGCCCUUUAAGAGCAGCCUCGCCUUUCGGUCUCUUGGGAUUCCUAGAAUUUACCUGGCCAAAUGACUUGAGCAGAAGUCUUUUUUUUUUUUUUUUUUAGGUUAGAUCUGUAAGCUAUAUGCCUUUACUACUGAAAACAAAGCUAUAGGACAUUGUAUUGAUUGGAAA